GCAGCCCUGGCGGCAGAGCUGAGCGUAGGCAGCCCCAAGCAGGAGCGGGCGGGCGCAGCGGCGUCGCCUAUGGGGAAGGCGGCCGCGCCGCUGUGCAGCGCCAGCACCCGCGGGCUGGUCUCCUUGCUCAGCGCCGUCCCCUGCCUGGCUUGCAAGCAGCCGGCGCAGCCGGCGCCUCGGCCGGCGCUGGUCGCCAUGAGCCUGACGGUGGCCGCCUCCGAGUGCUCCUCCUCAGCCGCCGCCGCUUCCUCCUCCUCCGCCGGGCCCGGCUCCGACACUUACAAGGGCUGGCUCUUCAAGUGGACCAACUACUUGAAGGGCUACCAGCGCCGCUGGUUCGUGCUGAGCAACGGGCUGCUCAGCUACUACAGGACUCAAGCUGAAAUGGCUCACACCUGUCGGGGAACCAUCAACCUGUCGACGGCUCACAUUGAUACGGAGGACUCCUGUAAUAUUGUCCUUUCUAAUGGGGGAAGGACAUACCAUCUAAAGGCUGCCUCAGAAGUGGAGCGGCAGCGGUGGGUCACUGCCCUGGAGCUGGCUAAGGCCAAAGCCAUUCGUAUGAGGAACAGCCAGUCAGAUGACUCGGGUGAUGAAGAACCAGCCUCGCAGGCUGACAAGAGCGAACUGCACAGCACUCUGAAAAACCUCUCCAAUAAACUGGAAGAUCUCAGCACUUGCAACGACCUCAUUGCGAAGCAUGGGGCGGCUCUCCAGCGAUCCCUGAGUGAGCUGGAGAACCUGAAACUGCCUGCCGAGAGCGGGGAGAAGAUCAAAGCGGUGAACGAGAGAGCCACCCUCUUCCGGAUCACCUCCAAUGCUAUGAUCAAUGCCUGCCGGGACUUCCUGGACUUAGCGGAGACCCACAGUCGGAAAUGGCAGCGGGCGCUCCAGUAUGAGCGCGAGCAGCGGAUCCGCCUGGAGGAGACCAUUGAGCAGUUAGCGAAGCAGCACAACAGCUUGGAGCGGGCCUGCCGAGGGGCCCCUGCCCUCUCUACCAACAGCAACAGCAACACCCACGUAUCCAAAGGAGGGAGCGUGCAGAGCGUGAAAGGAGAAGCCAGUGACGAAGAUGAGGAGACAGAAUACUUUGACGCCAUGGAGGACGCACACGCUUUCAUCACAGUAGCUGCGGAUCCUUCGAAGCACCACAGGCGCACGGACAGCAACAUCAGUGGAGCCAGUGAGGGCCGUGGCAAUGACUGGGCCUUGGAGGACAGCGUGUUCGAAAGCCCCAGUCCGUGUAGUAGCCUUGAGAGUACGAGCAAAGAUGUCUUGCCUAAGAAGAAGAGACGGUCUCGAAUUCCGGACAAACCCAACUACAGCCUUAACCUCUGGAGCAUAAUGAAGAACUGCAUUGGCAAAGAGCUGUCCAAGAUCCCCAUGCCUGUAAACUUCAAUGAGCCCCUGUCCAUGCUGCAGAGGCUGACAGAGGACCUGGAGUACCACGAAUUGCUGGACAAAGCGGUCAAGUGCGAGAGCUCCAUCGAGCAGAUGUGUUUCGUGGCGGCUUUCUCCGUGUCUUCCUAUUCCACGACAGUCCACCGAACAGCAAAGCCAUUCAACCCACUCCUGGGCGAGACCUAUGAGUUGGACCGCCUGCAUGAGCUGGGGUUCCGUUCCCUCUGUGAGCAGGUGAGUCAUCACCCCCCGGCUGCAGCUCAUCACGUCUAUUCCAAACGGGGCUGGACGCUGUGGCAGGAGAUCACCAUUGCUAGCAAGUUCCGGGGCAAAUACCUUUCCAUCAUGCCGCUGGGUGCCAUCCACCUGGAAUUCCACUCCAGCGGCAACCACUACGUCUGGCGGAAGGUGACCUCUACUGUCCACAACAUCAUCGUAGGCAAGCUGUGGAUCGACCAGUCUGGUGACAUUGAAAUCGUCAACCACAAAUCAAAAGACAAAUGCCAGCUGAAAUUUACUCAGUACAGCUAUUUCUCCAGAGACAUCCCCCGAAAGGUGUCAGGUGUAGUCAUGGACGCUGACGACACAGCGCACUACGUCAUGUCCGGCACGUGGGACGAGAAGAUGGAGUGCUCCAAGAUCGUGCACAGCACCCAAGGAAGCACCAGCUCAGAAGGGAAGCUGCCAAAAACCGUCUACCAGACGUUGUCCCCCAAGGUCCUGUGGAAAAAGUACCCUCUUCCGGAGAAUGCUGACAAUAUGUACUACUUCUCCAACCUGGCUUUGACCCUGAAUGAGCCAGAGGGAAACACGGCCCCUACGGACAGUCGCCUGAGGCCUGACCAGCGGCUCAUGGAGAACGGCAAGUGGGACGACGCCAACGUGGAGAAGCAGAGGCUGGAAGAGAAGCAGAGGGCCGUGCGCCGCAGGCGGGAAGCGGAGGCAGCAGAGGCCCUGGAGGAAGGCAAAGACUACGAAGGCUACAUCCCACUGUGGUUUGAGAGGAAGGUCGACCCAGUGACAGGGGAGCUGAUUUGCGUUUACAAGGGCGGAUACUGGGAAGCCAAGGAGCACCAGAACUGGAGCGUGUGUCCCAAUAUCUUCUGAGCUGCCUCCUACCUGGGCUGGCUGGUCCCAGGAGAGGCCUCCCCAUCCAGUCGUGGGACAGAGCAGCUCUUACGUUCAAGCACUCUAGGCAGCGGUCUGCUGUCAACACACACUUCAAAGAAACACACCGAAUUUAAAUAAACACAGAUUUUUUAAAAAGAAAGAAAGAGAAACAACAAGGCAAAACAAACAGGGAUUCCAAACUUAUUUUUAUGCACUAAUAAAAUGGCAUUUGAUUUUUUUUUUUAAAAAGUGACUUUUUAAACCUACUAAUUAGGGAUUGAGAGAUGAUGGAUCUUUUUUUUUUCUUCCCCUCUUUAAGCCUGGCCUAUUUAUUGCUGCGUCAGGAGUUGCAGCCUCCUUAUAUUUUGAGGUCUUGGUUUGAUUAGCCAAGCCUCUGACUUCCAAAGAUGCUCGUGUUCUGGAGGAAUGAUGUACAAUUGAUCCUUUUUUUCCUUUUCUUUCUCAUUUGUGUGUGGGACUUAAAAUCAUUUUUUUAAAAAGUCUAUAGUUAAUUCAGGUUCUUUUUCUAAAGAUGCAGGCAGCUCCAUGGCACGCUUUCGGUACAGUCUCUAAAUUCUAGAGAGGAAAAGAGGUGACUGUGGGUGAGAAACUCUCCGCCUUUCCCAUGGCUGCUUAGAGAUGGUGCCUUUGGAGGAGGGUGGAGGAGUGAAGUGACAGAUUCAAUUACGUUUCCUUCCAUACUUUUGGGGAGUACCUGGACCCAAUAUCUGUCUACAGGCAAUAUGUUUUGUUCAUUUUUCUUUCAAAUCAGCACUCUGGGAAGGUGGCUUUGUGUUUUGGAGAGCAUAUGACCUUUUAGUUUUGGUUCUGUAUCGAACUCAUGGUAGAGACAUUUCCUUUGUGGUCCCUAGCUGUCUGUCCUUUUGUGGAAGGGUUUUCCAGAUGAGGUGAGGUGUGGAUGCAGCUGGAGAACCAUCAGUCAGGGAUGCUUGAAGGUGGAUUCCUGCACUGAGUAGGGGGUUGUACUCGAUGGCCUUAGAGGCCCCUUCCAACGCUACUGAUUCUAUGAUUCUAUGAGAACAACACGGGAGCAAGUUACAAUUGAACCCUGGCAUACCUCAAUACCCUUCUUGCCCUGCACAGGGCCUGGGUAUCCGCGGGCAGAGUUGAAUUGAAGACAAACACACACACACCCUAAUCUACCCAGGUAGAACCAGCUUCCUCGUUGACCACACACCAUCAGGCUGUGUUGGACAUUUCUCACUGCCACUAUUAGGAAGCUCCAGAAUUCACACAGACCAGGCAACAAACAUGCCAGCAGCCACAGCCGUGGGGUGAACGAAUGUGCAGCCCAAGCUGAGAUACACGCGGGCAACCCUGCCUGUGCAGACACAACCUAGAAACACCCCCAUGGGCUUCAUUGGUGCCAUCAGUGUAGAAAGCACACAAACACUCACACACCUCCCUACUUAAUAUCAUCUGGGUACUGGGGAGAGACCAAGGGCACGUCUACACCAGCCAUUUAUCCUGGGAUUGUCCUGGGAUCAUCCCUGUGCAUCCAAAUGACACACAGAGGAUCCCAGGAGCAGGCAGGUACGACCCCUCCAUUUGCCUAGGAUAACCCUUAGAUGUAGAAAGGGCCCAAGUCAACCCUAAGGUCGCAGAGGCCAAGGCUGGAGAUGCCAGGGGGGUGGUGUCACUUCACCAGUCACCUGGAAUGCAGGCUUCACCAGCAGAGCUGUCCCCAUCCCAGAUGUCCCACGAAUCAAAACGUGACAGACUUACACGCCUGUCUCCCCACACCUCCCGCUUCCUCUCCAUUCGAGGCCUAACUAGUGUAGUGAGCCAGUGUGGUGUAGUGGCAAGAGUGUCGGACUGGGAGUCGGGAGAUCUGGGUUCUAGUCCCCACUUGGCCUUGGAAACCCACUGGGUGACUUUGGGCCAGUCACAGACCCUCAGUCCAACCCACCUCACAGGGUUGUGGUUGUGAGGAUAAAAUGGAGAGGAUGAUUAUGUACACCGCCUUGAGUUCCUUGGAGGAAAAAAGGCGGGAUAUAAAUGUAAUAAAUAACUAAUAAAUAAAUCGCCCUGGUGUCCUCACCCACUCUGAAAUUGAAGCCCCGGAGGCAUUGCUACCUGUUUGACGGCUACGGUUGCUUUCCGGACGGACUCACCUUUCUCCCCCGGCCAGAGCUGCCCGGGCACUUCCUGGCUACAGCCCUUACAGAAGUGACCUGCAUUUCCCUGGUGCCUAUGCGGCAUGUUCCUCUUCCAAACUAGAGGGCUUGCCGGGGCUGAUGGUUUGGUGUCCCCUGAAAGACUGGUGCUUGGGACAAAGGUCCUUUACGUCCAAUGGGACACGUGGCUCUCUGAGAAUCUAAGGGCCCCAUAAAGCCUUUCGCCUUUGGAAGAUGUAGAGCUGUCCAGUCUGAGAUGUCGCCUGGCUUGCAGUCACCAUAUAUAUAUGGGAAGCAGCCAAAUACUCAUGACCAGAAAGGAGAAAAUGAGCAAUAAUGAAUUUCAGGGCUUUGCCCCCAGAUUAUCAUUAAGGAAUUCUCAACUUCCCCCUUCCCUCGCAACACCUCUAGCAGCCAUUAUUUACAUCAUAAACCCUGUCGUAUACAAACACACACAAUGUGUACAAAUAUAAUACAUAUAUAUAUAUAUAAAUAAAUAUACACACACUGUACAAUGUAACUAUAGUUACUGAACAUCAGAGUACUGACAGCUGAUUUCAGUGAACCUUUUAAUCUUUAUUUAUUUGCUUCUAAUUUAUAUUUAUAUUAUAUAUAUAUAUAAAAUAUAUAUAAAAUUAUUUUGUUUAAAUUUGUAUGGUACAAAACUAGAAGGGAAAAAAUAAUGAAGACGAGUGUGCCUCCGUCUGAAUUUUUUUAUACUACAAAUAAGUACAAUAAAUGUUGAUUCCUCUUUCAGGGUAGGCUCCCUCUCUCUCUCCCCCUCUCUCUUUAUAAACAAAAGCAGUGAAGUUAGAGGCAAAAUCUAUGCUGCCCUCUUUCACAGAUUCUGCUUAUUUCACCCGGGCUUGUGCGGGAGAAUUUCCUGCUAAGUUGUGCCCUAAAACGUUACUUUUAUAAUGGUUUUGUUUUGCUAACGUUUGCUCCAAAGCUGCAGGUUGAAAAAAAUUCAGCAGGCAAAAUCCAUUAAGAAUGGUCUUGCGCAUGCUUGCUCCUGAGCAAGUCCAUUUCACCCAGUGGGGGUUUCCAGAGGCGAUGCUCCUGGUUCUUCAAAGUGUUUAUCUAAAGGAAACCAUCCCUUACUAAAGAAAACAGCCCAUUUCUGGUUCCCGUUGAGCCAAACAGUAGCAUUCAAAGCAGUGUUUCUCCUGGUUUUUUUACUUGAAAAACCUACUCAAGGUAUCAUUUUUGGGGUGCUUCUUUGGAGUCGUUUCUCUUACUCCUGUAUUCUAGAAAGAAUUAUGUAACUGUGUUGUCUGAAUGGUUUUUUAAAAAAUGGAAAUGUUCUGCAGCAGUCUGCCAAAGUCCACGAGAUACUACUGCUGUUUUAAAUAUAUAUAUAUAUACACAUAUAUUAUUCAGUCAAUAUGAUGUCUUCAUGGGUAGCUUUUCUUUUCUUUUAAAAAAUGUAAUCGCAUUCUGCAAAACUGGACAAUGAAGGCACAAAUGGAAUCAUACAGAUAAUUUGAUGCAAUUUUAGGAAAUCGGAUCAGUAUAUUUGUGAUCAAAUUAAUUGGGAGGGGUUUUAAUUUGGACAAUAAAUACUUUCUUAAAAGAAAACUUGUUAAAGCUGAUUUCCACCCCCACCCCAAUUAAUAGGUACAGCUAGUGUGGAGACAGAUGUUGUUUUUCUGAGGCUGGAGACAGAUGUUGCACUAGUAUGGCAUAGCACACUUGUCUUUUCUGUCCCCUUAUCUGUGGUUUUGUAUUUGGACAAAGAUGAUGGCAGGACAAGAAAUGAGUGCAUGUCUCAGGCAGUGAUGAUUCUAUUAUGAUGUCUCUUAAUUUUCUCCAGCUGGAGACAGUUUUGUAAUGGCCUGGUUCACAUGUAACAACAACCCAUGGUUUAAUUAAUCCAUGGGUUGUUGCCUUACUCAGAGUUUACCCACAAUUUGGCUAUCAGAUAAUUGAGCCAAACCACUGGUUGUUUGGUCAGUUCCUGGGUGGUCCGCUUGCCCCUUUUGCCACUUCCUCCCUGUAUCCCAAAUGCUUUUGUGGCACUGUAGUACUGGUAUUUAGAGCAGCUGGUAUUUUGACUGCUCAUGCCUGGCAUUGCUGUAGCCUGGCAAAAUAAUCCAUGACCUACCUACAGUUCUGGGAUCACACAUAACAACAACCCAUGGUUUAAACCACCCAUAGUUCACAACCCAACAACAAACCAUGGGUUCUCUUCCUUGAUUGUUCAUGGUUAACAAACCAUAGUUCCAGGUUCGCACCUGACAACCUAUGAUUCAGCAAACCAUCGUAUGAGUUGUUACAUGCGAACCAAAUCGUCUCUCCUUUUCCCAGCCAGACAAUGCACUAUUUUCAGGUGUGGGGAUGGUUUGUUGGAAAAUUGAACUACUUCAGGUGGAUCGUGAGCACCUGCUCUUUGCUAGGUGUGGUGAGCCACGAUGCCUCACUCCCCGCCCAAAGAGCGGGCUACAAAUUGUAGCAACUUCUCUGAACAUAAAAAAAAAAAACUGAGCCAAUCUGUGAUCCACUCUCCUGGGCAGCCCCGUGUGUGAUCCUCAAGACACGCAAAUGUCCCUCUUCCCAAGAUGCACUUUUACAUAGAGGUUGAACAACCAGGACAUGCUGGUUUUCAACUCUUUACACUAUUUUGCAUUCACUCUCUCAGUUCCAUUUUAAUGAUGUUAAUACAGGGGUUUCUUGGUUUGCUUUUGUUUUCUCUUUAAAGGCCAGAUUCAGCUUUUAUAAAAUGGACUUGGAAACACAGCUCUAUCUAAUAAUGCCUUAUUUUCUGUGCUUACUUGAUCACCUGCGUAUUAGCAAAGGGGGUGGUCGUUCCCCCUUCUCCUUCUUUGAUUCAGUGGUUACGUGCUCCGGUUACCGUUGCAGCUUAAACAAAUGGAACAUGGGGUGGGGCUAUAAAAAGUGUUGCGACCCGGACGGGCAGGGAUUGUGGGGGGAGGGAGGGAAGGAGGGGGGCAGUGGGGGGCACCCUGUUCCCCAAGUAGGAUGUCCGACCAUGUGGACCAUGCCAGAGAACCGGGGGGAUUGUGCCCCCAACCCCAAGCAAAAGGGUUCAAAGACGAGCUUGAGCGAGGAUGAAGCCCCGUCUCCUUUACGGCGUCUGCCUUUUAAAAUAAAAACAAGGUUUGGAAUGCAUUGGAGUACAUGGCAAGAAAUGUUAAGAACGCCAUUCUUUGUAAGAGCGCCAUAAUGCCAGACCACUUGUAUUUGGCCACUAACUUCCGACAUUGUGAGGAGGGAGGUCUGUUGGCUUUCACUCCUUUCCCUAACAGGGUUGGCCCCUUUAUAAAGAUGCAGGCCACCACAUCUUUUCCGGUGGCAACCACCUACAGCCACGCUGCCUGUCUUUAGAAGCCUUGCGAGCAGAGAUGUCAGCUAGAUUUGGAACUUGACUGUGCCAGGAAGGUUGGUGCAGCAAAGGCGGCAAUUCAACCAGCAGCCUCUUACAGAGAGCCCUAUGUGACAACAACACUCCAUGAGAGCACGGUCUUGUGGUCUUUGUCCCACGGGAGGAUUUUAACGUCAUCCGACUGUAAAUGCUGUUGAAUGUAAUACCUUUUGAACAAAUGUUGUGAGUGGUCCCUCUUUGCUUACACAGUAAUAAAAUGUGGAUUCAGGAGUUUUAAACCAA